GCGGUUUUGGGGGGCCAGCUACCACUCGCCUAUCAUCAGUCAACGUAAAGCCAACUCCUCCUCUUCUGCUGUUACGCACAUCUAUGCAGCCUCCUUGGCAAAAGACAAAACAUUAUCUAAACAAACUACUGUAAAGGAAAACUGCUUCUUCUCCCAGAUGACCGGCAGGAUUUUAUUUUAGUUUUUUAAGCCUGUUUUUGUUUUUAUGAUUUUUUUUUCUGCAAAGCAAACUAGUCUGAGCAAAUCAGCUGUAAGUCUCAACUUGGACUGUUGAGGAGGAGAAGAAGCCUGUCUCAAACACCCAGGUCUAGUUGAUUUUUUUCUUUUUUCUUUUUCUUUUGGAAAUAUUUUUCUGACUGUGCGAUGCAUUAAAAGGCUGCUGCCCAGCUUUUGGCUCUGCUAUUAGUACAGUUACUAACUGUUCUGCAGAAGAAAAGAGGAGAUAUUUUGCCACUGCUUUGCAGAUUGUCGAAAUCCUGAAAUAUUACUCCAGCAAGGAGGAGAACUGAGACCCAUGCAGCGGGAGCUUCCAUAGUUGGUAUGUUUAGUCACCGUAAAUGGAAAAAGAAAAUCUAGUAAGAGCAAUUGGUAAUAAAACAUAUCAUACCUGAGAUAAAAUAGAUCCCACAAAGAGAAGGCAAAUCUGUGCGCUUAUUAAUGAAUUAAUCAUAGCUUAUUAAUACCGAGAGCUGGAGAGAUUCGGAUGACGGUUUCCAUUGGCAGAUGAGACGUAGUGUGGAGAACACGUGUCCAGUUUUUCCCUCAUAUUUUUUCUCCCUGAUCUGGAUUUCUCGCUUGUCACGGCAAGAAAGGAAACGUUAAAAAAUCGAGAAUUUUGAGUGGCAUUAUUGCACAGGGUUUUCCUCUCUCAUGGACAUCUUGGCUUGCAGAUCCGAAGAGAACAGUUAUAACAUCCUCCCCUCUACGGCUACGAUGCUUUUCCAUGGCCUCCCCGGAGGCGACGUUCGCGGUGUGGUGGAAGAAAUGGACCGGAGAGGAAAGAGCGAGUCAGCGGCCAUCAGCUCAGCCAUCGAUAUGGGAGAAUCAGAGACGUCCAUGCCAUGUAUGACCAGCGAACGCGUGGCUCUGUGCGCGGGCUGCGGCAGGAAGAUAGCGGACCGAUAUUACCUGCUGGCUGUGGACAAGCAGUGGCACAUGCGCUGCCUCAAGUGCUGCGAGUGCAAACUCAACCUAGAGUCCGAGCUCACCUGCUUCAGCAAAGACGGCAGCAUCUACUGCAAAGAGGACUACUACAGAAGAUUUUCGGUGCAGAGAUGCGCUCGGUGCCACCUGGGGAUCUCUGCCUCGGAGAUGGUGAUGCGAGCUCGGGACCUAGUCUACCAUCUCAAUUGCUUCACCUGCACCACCUGCAGCAAGAUGCUCACCACCGGGGACCACUUUGGCAUGAAAGACAGUCUGGUGUACUGUCGGCUGCACUUUGAAACUCUCAUCCAGGGAGAAUAUGAGACACAUUUUAACCAUGCGGACGUGGUGCCGCACAAAGGCCUGGGCCCGGCCAACACGCUCGGACUAUCCUACUUCAGCAGCGUGGGGACGGUGCAGAAAGGGAGGCCGAGAAAGAGGAAAAGUCCCGGGCCAGGGGCCGAACUGGCUGCUUAUAACGCAGCGCUGAGCUGUAACGAGAAUGAUGGUGAAUCCAUGGACAGGGACUCCCAGUACAGCUCCAGUCAGAAGACCAAGCGCAUGCGGACGUCCUUCAAACAUCACCAGCUGAGGACUAUGAAGUCCUACUUUGCCAUCAACCACAAUCCAGACGCCAAGGACCUCAAACAGCUUGCCCAGAAAACUGGCCUCACCAAGCGGGUCUUACAGGUCUGGUUUCAAAAUGCUCGGGCCAAAUUCAGGAGGAACCUGUUACGACAGGAGAGUACCGGAGUGGACAAGGCGUCCGAUGGCUCAACGCUGCAGGGUGGUACGCCAUCGGGCCCAGCCUCUGAGAUCUCCAAUGCCUCCAUGAGUCCCUCCAGCACACCCACCACCCUUACGGACUUGACCAACCCCACCAUGCCCACCGUCACAUCUGUGCUCACCUCAGUGCCGGGUGGCAUGGAUGUCCAUGAGUGCCGGAGCCCAUCACAGACCACGUUGACCAGUCUCUUCUGAUGGAUGGAGCCCUUCUUCACAGCACCCUCACCCCUGCACCUCUGUGGAUCCACUCCCUCAGCUCCCCCCCUGCUCACCUCUGUUCCUUCUGGAUCUAAAAUUGAGCAUGGUUCACUCCUUCGGACACUUAAUGGAUUAGAAAACAAAAGGAAGCAAACUAAAAAGGUUUCCUUUAGAGACUGUUUGAUUAGUGAGGUGGCUGAGCCUUGCAGAUGGAACAUUUGUUGUUAUUUUGAUGUUGUCUUGUUGAGAACUGAGGAGACUUGACUUGCAUUUUUCAAUGUUUACAGAAAGAGACUGAAACUGGUAAAAAAAAUUUGGAAUAUUGUUUUUUCCAGCACAGUAUUUAUGUUAUGUUGUACAAGAGUCACUGUUAGGAUUGUAAAAAUUCAUUUUCUUUCUUUUUUGAUUUCUUUUUUUUUUUUUUUGGAAAUCUGAGAUUAAACACAGGUUACAAUAUCCUACAGCUGCCAUGUGCCUUACAGUCCAUUUAUCUUAACUGCUGUUCCUAAAGUCAGUCACACGUGAGUGAUUUGCAUCUGAAGAAAGGAGUGCGAGUGAAUUAACUCUACUGCUUGUGUGCAUUUAUGUAUGUGUGCGAGUUAUGACUUGUUCCUCUUUGUGUUUAUGUGAACAUACAGUGAAACCCAUUCUGCUGUGCUUUAAUUUAAAAGAAAAAGCGGGACGCAAAUGAUUAUUAUUUUUAAUCUGAACUCUUUUGAAUCUUCAUCACGUAAACUGGGGUAAGCAGCUGCUGUUCAUGAGGACGUAGUGUUCAGACACGGGUGUUUGAUUUGACGUUUAGUUUAAUGCACUGAUGGCCCAACACAGAUCAGUUCAUAAUAACAAAUGGUGGGAUUGAUUUUAUUUAACAGCCACCAGGUCACCAGAGACUCAUCUAAGGGUUAGGUUUGGAUUAAGUUAAUUCUCAUCCCUCUUUGCUGAAUUUUCACCUAUUUGGAACAACCAAAAUGAAAAAGCUUUUAAUAGGAAAAAACUGUAGUUGUAAAAUGAAUGUGUGUUCAUUUGUCUAAAUAACAUUUUCUUUUUUAUGAAAAUGUGUUUAUUUAACAUGUGGCUAACUCUAGAUGGGUUGCCGGUGACCUGGUGGAUGUCAAAAGGUAAACCAAGUUUAGGCUUGACAGGUUAACAUGACCGUGAACAUGGUUUUAACAAGCGCUGCUUUCUACUGUUAAGACAUUUGGUGACUUUGAAAAGUCAUAUAUAGAGGUGUCAAAUUCCAAGCAGGAAGGAUAAAAAGUACUUCAAAAAUACCUCUUGAUCUUCUUUGAAAUGCACCAAGGACAUAGAGUUUACAGAUUUUGAAGAAAUACUUUAAGUAAUUCCUUUCAUAUUAUGUAUAUGUUAUAUGAAAACUACUGCUUUUAGCUGUAAGGUAAUGUGACAAACAUGUUUGAUUUAUAGUACUGUGUUAAAUCUAUACUGUGUCCUAUAUGCCAUAACAUACAUUGUAGCCUGAUGCGCACCUUCCCAGAAAUGUCACAGCGAUGCACACCUCUGCAGCUCUGAUAUAUGGGGUAGAAUUAUGCCAUGUAAACAUAGUAUAUUGAUCAGAAAAAGGAAAGUGCCUCCAUGAACCAUCUAGCUUGCUCAAUAUGCUAAUGCAUAGCUAGUAAUCUGCCAGUAUGGACACAGGCCAUUUUUCAGUUUUUCAUAGCUCUGCUGAUACGUGUUUGAAUCUUCUCUCUAAAAUGAGCAACUUAGUUUAAUUUGUGAUGGCAGAGCAAUGCAGCCACAGCAGCGCAUAAGCAGAAGUGCAAACAGUGACACUGCUCACUAUGGUGCAGGCUUUAUGGGGAUUCAACGCAGUACUAUAUGUUUUAGUUUGUGUCAAAACGCACGUUUAAAUUAGCACUGUCAUGGCAUCAGAUUAUUGUGGUCAAAGGAAUUUAUGAUAUCAAUAUUGUCAUAACAGCUAUCAAAAUUUUGAAAAUAUAUUAGGAGUAAUAUCAGUCAAAUUCAUGUAUAACUUUGCUCAGUGUGUUGUCCUUUUGGCAAAUUAAAUGAAGUCAAAAUAUAGGUGCAUGGAAUUGGUGCAGAAAAAAA